UCUGAAAAAGAUCAACCCUACAAAUCUGGUUGCGAAACAGCUGGAAAAGUGGAAAAGAAGUUGAUACGUGAAUUCCUGAUGGAAAAAAUGAUGAUGGUCAAGAGGUAGUAAAAUUAACCGUGUGAGGGUGUCUGAACAUUUUUCGUGAACUGUUACAGCAUCAAAUGCAGACACUCGAUAAAAACAUCGACUGUGAGGUUGCUUCUUAUUUUUUUCCAAGACUAUCCUAAUUAUUUGGUCAAACGAUAAGGAAAUCAUGGGAAGUUUUAAAGGCCAUGCAUUGCCUGGAAGUUUCUUCCUGAUCACUGGUCUGUGGUGGGCCGCAAAGCAGACCUUUUUGUACACCACCCGCAGGAACAAAAGUGCUGGUGCGGGAAGACUUGCAUCUCGAGCUACACAACGCCGCAUAGAAAUCAUAGAAGGAGCUGUCAUUUUAUCAUUUUCUAUUAUCGGUAUGUUAGCAGAGCAGCUUCUAGCAGGUGGGCCCAAGUUUCAACUGUACGAUUCUUCCACUCAGCACUGGGAGCAGCUGAUGAACUGGCAGCACACCACCAUGUACCUGUUCUUUGCCAUCGCAGAGGCCAUAUCGCUCACUGUCCACAGCACUGACAUCGCCCCUUUGGCUUUAGACCGAAUGCUGUUGGGUCUUGCUUUCUUUAAUGAAGGAUUUCUGUUCCUUUAUCAUCUCCAUGGUAGAGACCUGCUUGAUGUCCAUGUGCACACUCUUCUUCUUUAUGCCAUCUUUGGACAAGCUUUCAUCUGCCUUCUGGAGGUUUUCCACAGGGGGAAUAUUCUACUAGAACUGUUCAGAGCCACUCUCACUGUACUGCAGGGCAGCUGGUUUUGGCAGAUUGGCUUCGUACUGUAUUCGCCCAGUCAAGUGAAAUGGGAUCAGACAGACCAUGGAAAUGUUAUGUUUGUCACAUUAUGCUACUGUUGGCACCUCGCGUUUGCAUUGUUCACUGUAGCUGUAGUGUACUGGUCUGUUCUAUGUGCUGUGCGUGCCAGACUGCGGAGGAUGCCACCCAUGGAAAUGGGGCUUUUGAAACCAAGGGACAAAGAAGUAGAGUCUGAAGACGAGAUGUUAUGAGUCCUUACACGUUCAACGCUGCAUCCCAAUUCAUUUUGGCCUCAGACCAAAGAAAAAUAUGGAGACAGAGAGUAAGA